GAGAAAAUGGUGGCAGGGGUGGAAGCGGCUGUGGAGGUGGCGGCGACUGAAUCCAAAAUGGAGGAGGAGAGCGGUGCGCCUGGCAUAGUAAGCGGGAACGGGACUCCGACCCCCAAAAGUGAAGGUGAACGAUCAAGUCAAAAUGAGAAGAGGAAGGAGAAAAAUGUGAAAAGAGGAGGGAAUCGAUUUGAACCCUAUGCCAACCCUACUAAAAGAUACAGAGCCUUCAUUACAAAUAUACCAUUUGAUGUGAAAUGGCAGUCCCUUAAAGACCUGGUCAAAGAAAAAGUUGGUGAGGUAACAUACGUGGAGCUCUUAAUGGACGCUGAAGGAAAGUCAAGGGGAUGUGCUGUUGUUGAAUUCAAGAUGGAAGAAAGCAUGAAAAAAGCUGCUGAAGUUUUGAACAAGCAUAGUCUGAGUGGAAGACCUCUGAAAGUCAAAGAAGAUCCCGAUGGCGAACAUGCCAGGAGAGCAAUGCAAAAGGCCGGAAGACUUGGAAGCACAGUCUUUGUAGCAAAUCUGGAUUAUAAAGUUGGCUGGAAGAAACUGAAGGAAGUGUUCUGUAUGGCUGGCGUAGUGGUUAGAGCAGACAUUCUUGAAGAUAAAGACGGGAAAAGUCGUGGAAUCGGCACUGUUACUUUUGAACAGUCAAUUGAAGCAGUUCAGGCUAUAUCAAUGUUCAAUGGCCAGCUGCUAUUCGACAGACCAAUGCAUGUGAAGAUGGAUGAGAGGGCCUUGCCAAAGGGUGACUUUUUCCCUCCUGAGCGCCCCCAACAACUCCCUCAUGGACUUGGUGGCAUUGGCAUGGGGCUAGGACCAGGAGGACAGCCCAUUGAUGCUAAUCAUCUAAACAAAGGCAUAGGAAUGGGCAACAUAGGACCUGCAGGAAUGGGAAUGGAAGGCAUGGGAUUUGGAAUAAACAAAAUGGGAGGCAUGGAGGGCCCCUUUGGUGGUGGCGGCAUGGAAAACAUGGGUCGGUUUGGAUCUGGCAUGAACAUGGGCCGAAUGAGUGAGAUGGAUCGAGGAAUGGGUGGAGGAUUUGAGAGAGACUUUGCUCGGAAUGAGAUGGGAAUGGCUCGGAGUUUUGGAGAACCUCUUGGCCGGGGAAUGGGUGGUGGUGGUGGCAGUGUACCAGGAAUCGAGAGAAUGGGCCCUGGGAUUGACCGUAUAGGUGGUGCUGGGAUGGAAAGAAUGGGUUCUGGCCUAGGCCACGGAAUGGAUAGAGUAGGGUCUGAGAUGGAGAGAAUGGGCCUUGUCAUGGAUCGUAUGGGGUCAACUGUGGAGAGAAUGGGGUCAGGAAUAGAACGAAUGGGUCCCCUUGGCAUAGAUCACAUGACUACAAGCAUUGAAAGGAUGGGCCAAACCAUGGAUAGGAUAGGUUCAGGUGUGGAAAGAAUGGGGGCUGGCAUGGGCUUUGGUAUUGAGAGAAUGGCUGCUCCUAUAGAUCGAGUUGGCUCAACUAUAGAGAGGAUGGGAUCAGGUGUAGAUCGUAUGGGCACCACCAUGGAUCGCAUGGGGUUAAGUAUGGAUCGUAUGGUACCUGCUGGCAUGGGAACAGGUAUAGAUCGCAUGGGUCCAGUUAUGGAUCGAAUGUCUACCGGUUUGGACCAAAUGGGUGCCAAUAACAUGGAGCGCAUGGGAUUGGACCGUAUGGGUGUCAAUAACAUAGAGCACAUGGGAUUGGACCGUAUGGGUGCCAAUAACAUAGAAAGAAUGGGUCCUACUAUGGGUCCAGCCCUAGGUUCAGGAAUGGAGCAUAUGGGACUUGCCAUGGGAGGUAGCUUUGACAGAGCUAUGGAAAUGGAUAGGGGAAACUUUGGAGGCAGAUUUGCAGGGUCUUUUGGAGGUGCUGGUGGCCAUGUGCCUGGGGUUGCUCGAAAAGCCUGCCAGAUAUUUGUGAGAAAUCUCCCUUUUGACUUUACAUGGAAAAUGCUAAAAGACAAAUUCAAUGAAUGUGGCCAUGUGUUGUAUGCAGACAUCAAGAUGGAGAAUGGCAAAUCCAAGGGUUGUGGCGUGGUUAAGUUUGAAUCUCCAGAGGUGGCAGAAAGAGCCUGCCGGAUGAUGAAUGGGAUAAAACUCAGUGGCAGAGAGAUUGAUGUGCGAAUUGAUAGAAAUGCUUAAGCAGUUGCCUUUUUUAAACAUCAAUACCAGACUUCCAAAUUUGUAUUUUGUUUUCCUUGUUAACCAUUUUAAUUUGUUGGCUGGAUGUAUAAAGAUGUUAAAAUUCAGUUGCUUUCUGGGGUGAUUUUAAUUACUUUUUUAAUGACUGGGAUUCCAUUUGACUGUUUGCAUUGAGAUUGCAAUGUACGAAAUUUUUUUUGUAGUUGUGGCAUCUUGUUG